AGCGUCCUGCUCACUUGAGGCGGGCGGCCCAGGUGCUCCAGGCGACACCGUCCGUGAGCGCCGGGGCGUAGGGGCCGGCCCGGCCCGGCCUGCAUUUCUGCGGGAUCGCGGGCCUGGACAGGAAGAGGGAGAUGUCUGUCGAGGGGGCACCUCGCCUCAGUUUCCCUACCCUUGCAAAGGCGCUCAGUGGAGGGAUGGUAGGGAAAUUGGAGUCGCCCCACCGCACUGGGGAAAACCGCAAGGCCGGGACUAGAAUUGAGGCACGCUGGUCCCUGGCUUGGUGCGGAGGGGUGGUGUGUGGGGCAUCAGCCUCCACCCCGGGGGUGCCGGGAGGAAGGGGGAAGCCUGCGAGGGGUUGAUCUGGCUUUCAGGCUGCUUGGGGGUGUGUGUCUUGUGUGGGUCCAGGUGGGCUGGUGGAUGGAGGCCAGGGGAGGGGACACCAUCUGGUAAGUGGGAUCUGGGCUCCAGCCAGGCCAUCCGGCGGGGUCAUUGCUCUGCCUCCUACACCUUCCCCUGCUGCUGUGUGCCUGCCCACGGUGCCUCACCUGGAGGCUGAGCUGCAUGGCUGAACUCCAGCCUCGGGCUGCUCCUCUGAAAGCCAUGCCUGGAGGGAGCAGCACCAUGGCUCAGGCCUGUCCUGGGGACCUAGGCCAGGAUUCGACUCCACCAGCUCGCAGGGUCGGUCCACCAGCAUCAGCCCCCCGAGGGGACCUGAUGUUCCUGCUGGACAGCUCGGCCAGCGUGUCUCACUACGAGUUCUCCCGGGUUCGGGAGUUUGUGGGGCAGCUGGUGGCUCCACUGCCCCUGGGCACCGGGGCCCUGCGUGCCAGCCUGGUGCACGUGGGCACUCGGCCGUACACUGAGUUCCCCUUCGGCCAACACAGCUCAGGCGAGGCUGCCCAGGAUGCUGUUCGCGCUUCAGUACAGCGCAUGGGUGACACUCACACUGGCCUGGCGCUGGCAUAUGCCAAGGAACAGCUCUUUGCUGAAGCAGCAGGUGCCCGGCCAGGGGUGCCCAAGGUGCUGGUGUGGGUGACAGAUGGCGGUUCCAGCGACCCCGUGGGACCCCCCAUGCAGGAGCUAAAGGACCUGGGCGUCACCGUGUUCAUCGUCAGCACCGGCCGAGGCAACUUUCUGGAGCUGUCAGCUGCUGCCUCAGCCCCUGCCGAGAAGCACCUGCACUUUGUGGACGUGGAUGACCUGCACAUCAUUGUCCAAGAGCUGAGGGGCUCCAUCCUCGACGCGAUGCGGCCGCAGCAGCUCCGUGCCACGGAGAUCACGUCCAGCGGCUUCCGCCUGGCCUGGCCGCCCCUGCUGACCGCAGACUCAGGCUACUACGUGCUGGAGCUGGUGCCCAGUGCCCAGCCUGGGGCUGCGAGACGCCAGCAGCUGCCGGGGAACGCCACGGACUGGACCUGGGCCGGCCUCGACCCAGACACGGACUACGACGUGGCGCUGGUGCCUGAGUCCAACGUGCGCCUCCUGAGGCCCCAGCAACUGCGGGUGCGCACGCGGCCGGGUGAGGCAGGGCCGGGGGCUGGACCGGCCCCCACCCAGCUCGCCGCCCUCCCCGCCCUGGAGGAGGCCGGGCCGGAGCGCAUCGUCAUCUCCCACGCCCGACCGCGCAGCCUCCGCGUGAGCUGGGCCCCAGCGCUAGGCGCAGCCGCCGCGCUCGGCUACCACGUGCAGUUCGGGCCGCUGGGGGGCGGGGCGGCGCAGCGCGUGGAGGUGCCCGCGGGCCGCAACUGCACCACGCUGCAGGGCCUGGCGCCAGGCACCGCCUACCUGGUGACCGUGACCGCCGCCUUCCGCUCGGGCCGCGAGAGCGCGCUAUCCGCCAAGGCCUGCACGGCCGACGGCCCGCGCCCGCGACCACGCCCCGUGCCCCGUGCUUCGACCCCGGGGACCGCGAGCCGCGAGCCGUGAGCCGUAAGCCGGCAUCCCCGCCCUGCCGAGAAGCCCGGCGCCGACCCGAGGGCCCCUGUGUCCCGAACCCGGUGCGGAGGCGCCCAGCUCGGGAGAAGGGUGCAGGCCCGGCCUUUCCCCACGCGGACUCCGCACGACCCCGGCCCACUCCCUGUGGCCACAGGGCUUCCCCGCCUGGCACCUGCCCUCCAGGGCUGGGGCCUCGCCUGGUGGGACCGCGCAGCAGCUCCGGCCCCAUCCCCGCCCCGAGUCAGGCGUGGUAUCGGCUCGUGGGUGGUGUUGAGAGCAUCAGACCCAGGACUGUCCAGGGAGGAGCCCCGGUCAGACUCCCACGUGUGAAGACUCGGCCCCAGGUGGCAAGGGCUGGCCUGAGGUGGGCAGCUUGGGCCCUGGACGCUGAUAGGAAGUGGAAGGGGAAUCGCGGGAGAAGCUGGCCCAGGUCAGGUCCCCAAAGGCUUCUGAAGAAAAGGAAGGGCAGGUAGGCGCACCCGGACGCUGGUGGUGUGGCGGGGAUGCUCAGCCAGCCGGGAGGGCAGCGCCUGCUGAGGACGGUGGCCCUGCCUUCAUGCCCAGGACACCAGCUGGGUCCAGCUAGCAGCCACUGGGAAUCAGAGGAAUGGGGCAGAGCCGGGCAUUCAGGACCUUGAGGACAGGUGACCCCACCCACCCACCUCCACGGUCAGGCCCCGGGACCGCACUGACAGGAAGCCUUGUGUGGGAGUACUUCCCAGGGGCUGCAGGGACAAUGCUCUCCAGGGAGGCCCCAGCGACCACACCAUCUUUUGGCUGUGAGAGGUCUCACCCCUGGGCCACAUGCUGUCACUACUCACUACCCUGGGGCCCGCGGGCGAGUUGCCUAGGGUGGGGGUGCCUAGCCAGGCACACUCCCUGCCCGGCCUAGUCCUUGGCUCCCAGGACUGUGGUGUCACGCAAUGCUCACCUCCCCUCUUCCCCACUAACGUCCCAGACUUUAAAAUUCAGUAAAUCAGAUGUACACCGAA